UGAAAAUAAUAUUAUGAAUCCAAGAUCUCAAAACAUAUAAUGUAUAGAACAUAAACAACAAUCUAUAAUCUCUAUAUAGCAAGUAUGGACUUGUUACUGCUAAUAGACACACUGCUGUGAACAUGUACGAUAUUCUGCUACUGCAUAAAUAGACAUACAUAAAUCCCAUAGCAGAUCUAGGCAGGUGGAGCUGGGGAGGUGGAGGGGUUCAGAAAAAUGCUUACAGCAAACAAUGAACCAGACUAUUUAAAUGUUGAGCAAGCAAUCUCAUUGGCUGCAGAGGCCAAUCAGCUUGUGCCAUGCGGCAAUGAUGUGAUUGCUUGCAGAUUGCCCAGCGCCCUCUAGAGUUUCAUGACUGAACUAGAUAUUUAAACUCAGUUUUAAAAUUAAACUGAUUCUUUUCUGAAUUGAUCUCCAAAGAGUUACAUCUGCAGGUUCAAGGGUUCCUUGACUGUUAUUUUUGGAGAGGUUUACACACACACAUAUAAAAAAGAGCACAAAAAUGCCAAAAAUUAUACAUAACAAAAAUGUAUAAAUUUUGAUGAAACAAAAAACGCAUUAUACAAAAAUACCUGAAUGUCAACCUAAAGCUAUGUAAAAUUCUGAAAAUAUAAGAAGAGUUGUGCAUUUAUUAUUUACAAAAUAUUUGGUAACAUUUUACUUUAAGGUGACGUAGUUACACGUUACUUUAUGUAUUUACUAUAGUAAUAACAGUAAAUUCUGAGUAAAUUAUGCAUAAUUUCAACUAACUAACCCUAAACCGUAACUCUGUUGUAAGUACAUGUAGUUAAUUAAUAUUACUCAGUACUUAUUUGAGUAAGUACAAUGUAACUACAUCACCUUAAAAUAAAGUGUAACCAAAUAUUUUAUUAAAUGACAAUUCAGAAAAAAAAAAUGGGGCAUGAGUGAUUAAAUUGUGUCUAAUUCUCUCAAAAAGCAUCUUGUCUUCAGUCUUUGACAUUCUAAUGGAAACAAAACAUUACAAACCCACCAGCUGCAUUAUUUUAACAUCACACUUAACCGUUCCAUACUGAUUGACACAGUAAUCUGUGGUUACACCUCAGAGUGUCCUCUCUCUCUCUCACACACACACACACACACACACACACACACACACACACACACACACACACACACAUGUUGCUCUCAGUCUCAACAAAUACUCUCACAGUGUCUCUUUGUCCAUUGGAAUUCAGUGGAGCAGCAAAUUGAAGGUGCUGCCUGCUUAAAACCCUCCGAGAGAAACCCAGAAAACCCACAGCUUUUUUUAUCAUCAGGAUUGAUCAGAUACUCUAAAAUUGGAUCAUUACUUCUGAUCGAAUUUGGCGCUGUGUGUCUUUGCUGCUGGCAGGGAAGAACAGGGGUGAAUUCAUAUUAGCGGGUGUGCGUCGCUUUGUAAAUAAGGUGUAAUUGUAAGUCCCUGGGUAAAAACUGGACCGAUACACAUCCCCAAACACAGAGCAUAGAUGUAUCCAGUUGAGAUGUCAAUGUUAAUGCUGUCUUAAUAACGUUUUAAACAGCUCCACUUAUACCUGAUUCAUUCAGUCGAAACAUGCGACAGAGGAAAACUAAAGUGAGUCUAGGGCUUUUUUACGCUGUCGUUUUCAGUGUAAAUAUGUGUGUGUUUUACUAAUAUGAUAAUGGGAUCACAUUCCAUUUCAUAAGUGCUCUGUCUCUUUAAUUUGAAAUACCCCUCCAUCAUAAUGUAGGGUCUGUCAGCAGGAUGCACUUUCACAUGAGGCAAACACAUUAAGUGUAGACUGAAUUAGAGCUUAAGUAGCGCACUACAACUUUUUUAUGUCUGGACGUUAUGCCAAAUUUACUUUAUCAAGUUUGAAAGCUGUAAUGUAAAUGAAUUUAACUCACAUUUUGAUCUAGUAAACAACUAUGUGGAUCUGAAUUGACUGAAAAUGUACUUGACCCUGUUUAAAUCACUGGAAAACAGAACAUGUUAUUAACAGAUACUAACACAAAAGCACUGUGCUCUUCUGACACUAAACUGCAUAUUAAUGUACAGUUACAUAUUCAGUGAUAUCAUAUUCAUAUUACACUAGACCCACAGAACUAUGAAUUUCAUUGUUAUUAAUUCCCGGUUUCAUUGUGAUGUUGUCUUACAAUCUGUUAACCAUUUUUUAAAUAAUUAGACAUCUGUCCGGAUUUGGGGUUUGGUUCUCAGGAACACUUUAUCAACAGGACAUCUAACGGGUCACACUAACCAGAGAGCUGGUAGGAAAGCUUCAUACUGAAACAAUUAAAAAAGAAUCCUGUGCCACCAAAAACAGAAACUAAUCAGGGACUUUGCUUUAAAUUUACUCCGGACGCACAUUUAGAAGUCCCUUUACAGUUCAGAAUCAGACCCUGCUGAACGGACGGAUGAGGCCAUAAACACAAUUGUCUCUAUUUGAAGCAGUUUGUCAGCUCAUGUCUGUAUCUGAAUGACACACACACUGAGUGGGCCUGAACUGGCCUGGUGCACUAAAUCAGGCCAGCAUAGCAGGUGUUUGACUCUCAUUCUUGAUGAUCCUCUUCUCUGGAAAGUGCUCUAACUCGUCGUCUCACAUGCUGCUUUAUUUGAGUUGCGUCUAAACAGAAGACUGCUGUGGUUUCAUCCUGACACGGUGGGCAGUUGGGAUGUGCUGUAUAAUUAUUAUGGGACUGACCACAUGGAUAGGAAGAUACUGUUAUGUGAUGUCAAUAAUAUUUCAUUAAUAGAGACCAACGUUUUGCUGUUGUCUUUUAAUUAAAACCACUCUUGAAAAAGGUCCUAAAUAGUGCCAGAUUUAGAAUAGCAGAUUUUUUUUUUUUUUUUUUUUUUUUCAAAAUUUUAAGAUUUUAAAGAAGUCUAGUGCAAGAGAAAAAAAGUAGUUUGCUGAAAUCAGCAAAAUGGUAUAUUAAUAAAACUAUAUAUAUAUAGUUUUAUUAAUAUACCAUUUUGCUGAUUUCCCACGAUGAUUCAUUAUUUCUUUACUUUAGAUCUGGAGUAGUGCUCAUGAAUUGUAUUAUUGUUGCUCAUCCUAAAAUGUUAAAGAUCAUAUUAAAUAAAAUAAUAAUAAUAACAACAACAAAUGUCAUUGCAUUAUUAUAAAUCAUUGCUAAUACAAGAACAAAUCCAUUUUCUAAUUAAAUAAUUGUACACGUUUGGGAAUUUAUGUAAUUAUCUAUGUUUGUUUUACAUGAAAUUUGCUGUCCUUAUGCCAAAACACUUUAUUUUGUUUUUCUCAUAAUUUCAGAUUAAUCGAAGACAAUAAACACAUGUAACUUGCUCGGCGUGAUCUGAAUGAUGAUAAUUAUCGGUUGUAAUACCGUCAUUAUUUUCGCUAUUGUUGAAGUAUCCCCGUGGUAGAUUGCAAAUGUCAUUUGAAAUACAAAUUGCUUUAAAUUGGACAAUUUUGAGGACGGUGGAUGUCUAACAGGUAUUGUUCAAGUGUGGUCGUCAGUCCAUAUCAUCUGGGCAUCGUGUUGGUGCCAGUGACAUUUUUGUCCAAUGUUCUGGACUUUUGCUCAAGGCUAUUCUGUUUUUAAUGUGUUUUAUCAUGACGGAAUGUAAGUGAAUUCAUGUGGAGAUUAUGACCAUUUCAAGGAAGACUGUGGGAAAGACAACCGCAGAGACUGAGAAAGAGAGAUGAAAUGAAAGGAGGAUGUGGAGGUGUGAUCCGUGUUCAACGGGGAGUCGCACACAAACGGUACGACCAUGUCUUGUUCUCUGAGCAUUUCCUUUUUCUCUUAAACCGUUUCUGUUUGCAUUUUAUUUAUUGUCUAGAAAACGGAUAUAUUAUCAGCUUUCCGUACUAUCGAACAUCUAAAAUGUUUUAUCGAAUGGUGUCGUUUUGCUUAUGAAGCUCUCGUGAUAAAUAUUUCUGAAAAAGCUACACAUGUGGGUAAAAUGUUCCAAUCAGUUCGUGUCACUCCAGUCUCUACAUGCGUCGCCAGUUAUCAUUUUACACCAAUGCAUUUUUAUGUCACAGUUAUCCUCGAGUAAGUCUCCAAAAUGCUGCUUGUUCUUUAAAAAGGUUUGACAGAUAAAUGAGUAACCUUAUUUAAAUAAUGAAAUGUAAGGCAGAGAGUAAGGCCCAUGUUCAGUUUAAUGGCACACAACUGUCGCGACGAUUUCCAAGUCAGGCGGUAAAUUAAUUCAUUAUCAAUAAUUAAUAAUGAUACGAUUAUUUUAUUUUUAACUUAGUGGUUUUUAAUUUUGCUUCCUUAAUCUCAGGUAAGGAGUUAAUAACUACAACCUUAAAAAAUAUAUAGGCUCUUUUUCUUGUAUUUAGAAUUUUUUUACGGCUCCGUAAUUAGAUAAAUACACUUUAGAGUUUAUUCGAACCUUAAUUCGAACUGGAAUUGUGUGGAAUGUUGUGAUAUUGUAGGUAGCUGGCGUAAUAUAAUGUAGUGUAAACUUUCAAUGGUAGGUAAUAAACAAUGUAUGUCCUUGGUAUAGAGGUGCUAUUUGUUGAUUUGUUUUCAUGCUUUGAAUAUUUCUUGACUGUUUUCAGCAUUAUUGGGCCUGUCACGUGUGGAUUAAUCGCAUUAAUGUUCAAACAAAAAACAAACAAACAAAAAAAUCUAAAACUUUUUUUUUUUUUUUUUUUUUUUUUACAAUAACCAUACAAUAUAAACCAACACACUGCAAGAUCAACCAAAUUUAGAUCUGAAAGGAAUAGCAGGAGCUGUUAUCAACAUCGACCUGUUUCUCUGAUCCUCACGCGCAAUAAUUCAACCCACGCGCGCAAGCGAGUGAUGCGAAUCUGCAAGUGUUAAAUACACAGCUAAUUAUGCGUAUGAAAAUUAAACAACAGUGUUAUGCUAAUUUAGCUGGUUUCAGCUGUGUCUUCAAGCACUCGAGACUAGCAUUUUAACCAAAUGAAUCAUCAAAGUAAUUCAUCUUUGCUUGGAGACACACAUUUAUACCUGUACUUAAUCAUAUUUGUUAGGUGUUCAAUUUUUUUUUUUUUUUUUUUUUUCACGAAGGCGAAAUUUAGCAAAAAGCAAAGCAAAAAUUUAGGGCCAUUUUAAAUUUGUUCAUUAUAUUGACCUUUAUUCUUUUAUAUGUCAUACCAUUUUGUUUAGACUUGUUUAUAUUAAGAAUUGUACUUCAGUGCACUGAUGAUUAUAAUAAUAUUACUCAUCAUCAUGACAUUAUUGACACAAAAUUGUUACUAAAAGAAAAUGUUUGUUCAGAUCAGUUAAUGAUUGGUUUUAAUGUGUAGUAUUGUUUUGUGUUCAUUUGUUACCUAACAGGCUAACUCUGUUAUAAAGUCCAAAUAUCAAAAUGCUGAUAUUUUACCAAUUUUGGUGGUUCGGCAGGAAUGUGUUUGAGCUCUCCACAUACGGCCUAUGUGUCUUGGUCCAUUCCCUAAAUUUCUACAUUAGCAUUGCACAAUAGAGUCACAGGUUGGUCUUAUUUCUUGAGUUUAUCAGGUCCGUCGGACCCGACCCUCGGAUUACCAAUCCGCGUCGCUCUUGGAGGGAGUGGACCAAUCAGAGAGCACCUUGGAUAAAUAUUCAUGAUUCCCUGAUUCAAACCUUUGAGCGAGUUUGUGUGGAUCCACAGCAUCGUACCUAGACUUUUCACAGAGACAAACUACAUUUUCUUAUGAAUGGAAAGUGAAAAAAUCAGUUGAGCUUAAAUUGGGAUCCAUCCUUCACUCAGAUCAUAGAAGAAAACAAAAAAGCAGGGAGAGAGAGAGCGAGAGACAUGACCAUGUCUACAAUACCAGAGAGUCUAAACAGCCCAGUCUCAGGAAAGAGCGUGUUCAUGGAAUUUGGGCCACCAAGUCAGCAAAUGUCGCCUUCAUCUAUGACCCACGGACAUUACUCAAUGCACUGUUUACACUCCUCCGGACACCCGCAGCACGACAGCGCAUACAGCCCGGCUCCGUCCUUCCCCAGAUCUCUGCCUUAUCCAUACGUCAACUCGGUCGGUAGCCAUUCCUCCAGUCCUUACCUCAGCACCGUGCAGACUUACCCCAACAACUCGGCUUUGGCGCAGACCAGAUUGGAGGACCCAGCACCAGAGUCAGAGAAAAACACCGUGGUGGAAGGCGGAGAGGUUCGUUUCAACGGCAAAGGCAAAAAGAUCCGCAAACCCCGAACCAUCUACUCCAGUCUCCAGCUGCAGGCUCUUAACAGGAGGUUCCAGCAAACUCAGUAUCUGGCUCUGCCGGAGAGAGCCGAGCUCGCCGCAUCACUGGGGCUCACGCAAACACAGGUGAAGAUCUGGUUUCAGAAUAAACGCUCCAAGUUUAAGAAACUGAUGAAGCAGGGCGGAGGAACAAUAGACACGAACGCUUUGGCUAACGGGCGCGGACUGUCCACCGGAUCUCCAUCCGUAGCGCCUGUCUGGAACUCAACCGCCACCGUCAAAACAUCCACACCGACCUCGUAUAUUCCCAGUUACACCUCAUGGUAUCCCACAGCACACCAGGACACUAUGCAGCAGCCACAACUCAUGUGAACCAGGACUGCUAAAACAACCCCGCCCCUCUAUCCACCAACGGCCCAGUUCAGGGGACCCGACACAGGCCAGUCACUCUGCGGCCUUCCACACACCGGCACUCCGCAGCCCAGACCAGAUGUGAAAACAGACAACUGCUGACACACUGGCCAGCGUGGACUGAACGAGAGUCGUCCACGCCGCCGGAGAGGAAACAAGUCUCUUUUUGAAUUGAAGGGAAUGCCGGGAAAGUGGGUCAAAUCAAAGCUGCUGCUCUCCCCCUUUCCGUGACUUUUUGUUGUGUAAAAAAUCACGAAACUGUACCCUAGUCAGAAAUGUAUUUCAUUUUCUUCAAAUUUGUAGUUUUCCAUAAGAAAUUUGGAAUUACCGGUUUGUCCCUCCACAACACGGGCUGUGAGAUCAACAUUAACUGCGCAUUUUCCAUACGUUGGGCUCAUACAGUCGCUUCAGGCUUCGCCAUGGCGCGGUGAAUGUGUAAAAAACUGGGAUAAAUCACACCGUGAGCAAGUAUGAUUUUCCCCAUUUUAAAGGGAACAAAGAAUUCUUUAAACAAAGUUAUUUUGUAUGUAUGGCGUUUUGUGUUUAUUUAAAUAUAACUUAUUUAGAAUUUGUUUUUGUUUUGUUUUUGUUUUUUUAAAUCUGUUUGUAUGUUUUAUUUAAAACAAAUGUUCUUUAAAUUAUGAUGUGAGGCUGCACUAUAAAACAGAAACACUUCCCUCGGAUUUGAACCCAAUUUGUAAAGCCGAGUGUUUUUUGGAUCGUACAAAGAGGAGCCCAGUGCAGAUAAACGCGUCCAUCAUCACCGUCAGAUGGGAAGUGUUGACAGCUCUAAUGUACAGAAAUAGUCGUUUUCGUUGUGUGCUGAAUAAUUUGUGCAAAAGGAUCUAAACAUGAUUGUGUUUAUUAAAAUUCAUGUGUUUUUCCAUUUCACAUUGAAAAAAAAAAAAAUAGUUUUAUAGCUUACCGGUCACAUUAAUUUAUUGUUUUGUUUCAUGGAGUCUUGUAUAAUGUGUAAACUCGAACAGUAAAAAUCUGUUUAUGAAAGAA